ACGCGCUUAGGUUUCCAUGGAGACCGAGCAAAGAACAAACUGCUUGGGCCGUGAGGAAAGUUUACUUUGUGUCGUGACAAAAAGUACAACUAGCUAAAGCCAUGUCCAGCAGGUGUAAGCCGAGCCCUGGGUGCUUCAGGAGGGACAUCCACAGACUGCUGCUGGCGGCUGAAGCUGGUCAGAAGACCGAUAUCCUGUCCUACUCCUCAGGUCAUCUGGGGCCCCGCAGUCUGAACCAGCCUCAGCCUCACAGCGAGACAAAGCAGUCCUUCUGGAAGAGCCUAGACAAACCCCAAAACCCUCUGACACCCCAGCAGACACAGACGAAAACACUUACCUAUGUGAAGAAGAAAGAAAAGAAAGAGCGUCUCUCCCAGUUCUCCACUGUCGCUUCUUCAGUAGAGUCUGAAGCCUCAAGGUCAACUCAAGAUCAGGCUACUAAUGUGUCUCCACAUACAGACAAAAGAGAAGAUACAAGUCUACCUACAGUUGUUAACUGUUCCUCAAACGUUCUGCCAGUCCACCAAAAAGCCUUCUCCCCAAAAAUGUCUAGUUCUUCUACUGAUUCGGAGGAGAAACAGCAUUCUGAUGAGAAAGGCCUGAACAAAAAUGGCCAGCUAAAGACACAACAACUGUUCAGAGGGCAAGACAUAGCCAUGCAGGACCUCUGGGGUGGAAUAAAUGUUGCUGAAAUUCAUGAGAGGAAACUACAAAAGGAGCUGAGAAGGUUGUCAGCGCGGAGCUGGCCCAGCAGAGACCGCCUUGCGGUGUUCAGUGACGUCUUUGAUGAUGUAUGUGAGGACUCGCCAGUAUUUGGACGCAUCCUGAGGGAAAUUAAGACAGAUUAUGAUUUGUAUGUCAACCACUUGAUGGCUUCCCACGGCAUGUCACUGGAGACUUCCCUCAAAGCUCUUUCGAAUGAAAAAGAAAGCCAAACAGAUUUAGAAUUUGCUAUAAAAGAGGUUUGCAGGCUGGAGCAGGAGGCCAGAAAAGCUCUAGAGGAAAAUAAACGAAUCCGAAAUAAAUCACAGAAUGUUCCAGCUACCGCAGAGGACAGUGACACGCAGAAUACGUGUCUGUCAGGGCUGCAGGACAACACAUCCAAGAGGCUUCAGGUUCUGAGCACAUGGAGGGAGAUCCAACACCUGGAGGAGGAGGUGAAGAGGAAACCGGUGUCCUCUGUUACAAUCGCAGACACUGAAAAACACGUCAAAGAGCAAAGGAAAGAGAUAUUGAGACUAAUAGCCUCCAAUGACCGUCUAAAGAUCACCAACAAGGAUCUGGAAAACAACAUCAACAUGGUACUGAGCAGAGAGAAAGCAAGCAAGGCCAUGAGACGGAUGUUGUGGGACGAAAUACACAGUGAUCUCAACACAGAGGAUAGCUUCAUCAGCAAGUAAACCGGGGGAUCAUUUCGUGAGAUGGACAUACAAAGUGCAAUAAAUUAAGGAAACAAAUUCUACCAGCAAGCUACUUUAUCUUUCUUUGUUUUUAGCCCUUUAGUUUUUUCUACAGCAAUAACACUGUUGAUGAAAGCCUACUGUACAACUGCCACUGCCAUUAGCUGCUUUAUAUACUGUAAGCUGAAUCAAUAUAUUGCAUAACAUUUUAGACAAUCAUGUGUUUUGUGUAUAAUAA